GCCACCACAUAACAACUCCGAUCUCAAUUUCGCUCUACAGAAAAAAUCAAAGCGUCUAGACUCUAGAGAGAGAAAAUCCAGACCCGGAAUCUAACCCGAAAACCCGGAAAACCGAUAAAAAAAUGGGCAAGGACGGUCUGAGCGACGGCCAGGUCUCGUCGAUGAAGGAAGCAUUCACGCUCUUCGACACCAACGGCGACGGAAAAAUCGCGCCGACCGAGCUCGGGAUCCUCAUGCGAUCGCUCGGGGGAAACCCGACCCAAGCCCAGCUGAAAUCCAUAACCGCCUCCGAGAACCUGACCGCCCCGUUCGAUUUCGACCGGUUCCUGGAUCUGAUGGCGAAGCACCUGAAGACGGAGCCUUUCGAUCGCCAGCUCCGCGACGCCUUCAAGGUGCUCGACAAGGAAGGCACGGGCUUCGUCGCCGUGGCGGAUCUGAGGCAUAUCCUCACGAGCAUCGGGGAGAAGCUGGAGGCUAACGAGUUCGAUGAGUGGAUCAAGGAGGUGGAUGUGGGAUCCGAUGGGAAGAUCCGGUAUGAGGAUUUCAUUGCCAGGAUGGUCGCCAAGUGAGAGAGAGAGGCCUUUUGUUUUAAAGUUUGAAUUUUUUUUUGAAGUUUGAUUUGUUUGUUGGUUCGAGCGAGUGGCCUUUGGGAUUAGUACUAACUUUGUUGUUCCCUUUUUAAUGGAAAUGUUGUGUUGCUGUUGAUUCCUACUUGUUUUAAUCUCUCUGUUUUUAAGUAAAGUUUCACUCUUUAUGCCCAA